UAGAGAACUCCCUUCAAAUCCUCACAUUAUCCAUAUACUACUACCCCUUGAGAAAAACAAAGCUCAAAUGUUACUAACAAUGGCUUCUUCAUCUUCAACUUCACUAUUCUCCACAUUUCUCACCCUUUCCCCUCAAAAAACUACUGGUUUUACUUGCCGUACGUCAGUUAAAAUCCCAUCAAUUACCAAGAAAACUUCCCUCAAUCUCAGUUCUUCACAUAAUAUUUCUACCUUUGCCCCAAUUGUCUUCAACAAAGUCUCUUUUGCUGCAACACCCACUAAUGGAAAUCCACAGCCGUUGACUGUAGUGUGUGCUAAAGGGUACAAAAUGAAGACCCACAAAGCUUCAGCAAAGAGGUUUAAGGUAUCAGGUACUGGAAAGAUAUUGAGGAGGAGAGCUGGGAAGCAGCAUUUGCUUAGGAAGAAGAAUGCUAAGAGGAGAAAUAGACUCUCCAAAACGGUACAAGUUGAUCGCAGCGACUACAACAAUGUAAUUGGUGCAUUGCCUUAUCUAAAGGUAAACCGAGCCAAUUAAGGUCAAGAUGCAGUUAGAUACAGACUCUUCAUCAAGUUGCAGAGCUCGUCGGGUUUCUCUCUUUUUGUAUAGAGGAUGAAGAAAACACCAUUUCUUGAUUACCCUUUCCAACUUUAAUCCAUCUGAAAUUCUUGUACUUAUGAUUUUUCAACUCAUUUUGACUUGUUAAGCAACCAGUAAGUUCUGUUUCUUUUUCCCUUUGUAACUUUAGUAGAAACUCUUCAGCAUCAACUUAUAAUGAUCAUUUUGUAAGUUUUUUGUGCAAGGGAGCUUCUAUUCCCAUUCAUAUA